GGAGAGAGAGAGGAAAGACAGUGAGAGGGGCCAGUUGCAGGCAAGUUUGUUGCUUAUUGUUGUUAUUAUAUAUACACACAUGUAGAUAAAAGAUUUAUAUAUUGUUUGGGUUUUUGGGAUUCCUUCGUCCUUUGAUCUGUCCCUUCCUCUCUCCUUUAGCCGGAGGAGAGCCUAUUCUGUAGUUGAAAAUGGAAUGGUGGGAUAAGGUGAUCCAUCCUGUGCGAAGAGUUUGGAAAGGCGUCGCUUUUCGUAUUGGGAUUCGCAAACGAGGGUUACUCAAGCUGCAUCAUGAUGUAAGAGCUUGUGAAUAUGAGGAUGUUCGUGUUAUGUGGGAGAUGCUGAAAAGAAAUGAAACUGAAAAUGCUAAGCUUUCAGGGAGGAACAAGAAGAGAAGCUUUUGGGAUUGCUUUAGCUGGGCUAGGUGCACUCCAUAUUUUGGCCACAGCUAUUGAUCAUUUCGUUUGUGAGACUUCUGAGUAAACAGUCAUCCACUGCAUUUGAAUCGAGUGAGAUGUGCAUGUCAGCUGAUAAUAAAAGAGAAAGGAAGGCUCCAUAUAUAUGAGAUAGUCUUGUUUAUUUUUCUGUCGUUCAUUUGUAUAUAUCAUCGAAUCUGCCCCCAUUUAGAUGGAUACAACCCAUCUCAUCCUUAUCUCUCUGUUUUAUCUACUGGAAUAAACUAAUUUUUAGUGGCAUAUGCAAUAUAUGUGUAUUGUAGUACAUUUGUGCUA